AUGGUUGCUCCUGUCGCCACUGCUCUUGAACGUGCGUACGGUCUCUUCCUCACUCACUGCCAGAGUUUCGAUGUUGCUGGUCACCUUGACGGCACGCUGCUUCCAACGGAUGAUAACGAUCAACAGUGGUCUAAACGUGACGGGUUGGUCAAAUUGUGGCUCUACGGGACUCUCUCGAAGAAUCUCUUCAAAAGUACUUUCAAAACUGGAGGUACUUCUCGGGAAAUCUGGACUCGCAUCGAGAACUUCUUCAGGGACAACAAAGAGGCCCGUGCUAUUCAGCUCGAUCACGAUCUGCGUACCAAGGUCAUUGGAGACCAGACGAUCCAUGCCUAUUCUCAAGAUCUCAAGUCCACGGCUGAUCUGCUUGCUAACGUUGAUGCACCAGUUUCAGAAAGAACUCUUGUCACCUACAUGAUCAAUGGCUUGAGCGACAAGUUUGACAACAUCAUCAAUGUGAUCAUGCAUCGUCAACCUUUCCCUACUUUUGAACAAGCUCGUUCGAUGCUCAUCCUUGAAGAAGAAAAGCUUAACAAGGGAAAGAAAUCCUCUGUUGUCAAGGACUCCGCCUCAUCUGACAAGGUCCUCAACGUCUCGUCUUCGACUCCGACUCAGCGAUCUGAUCAUCAACCUCAACAACAGCAGCGAUUCUUCAAUAACAGAGGUUCCAAAUGCAACAACUACAGAGGUCGUGGACGACACAACAACAAUCAACAACGACCAAUGUACAACCAAUGGGGCGUUCCCUUCUGGCCUGCUGGAUAUCAGAUGUGGAAUAAUCAACAACCAGGACAAUGGAUACCCCAGCAACAAUUCAACAAUCAAGGCAUUCUUGGUCCUCGUCCUGCUAUCAACCAACAGAUGCUUCAGGCUCAGCCGCAGGGCUUGGUUUUAAAAGGCGACCGCUUCGCUCGCCAUGGCGAGUAG